ACACUCGAGGGUGCAGGUGUACAGUUCGUUUCUUUGCUCCCUACGGCAGACAGACUCGAGGUUGCUGAGCGUCAUGUUUAGCCAGGGAUACUUGAACUGGGAAACGGCUUGGGUGUCCAAUGUCGGCAAGGUUGCCACAAGGGAGAUGAAGAUGAGAGAAAGCAUUGAUGCCAGUCCCAGAAGGCUCAUUUUGUUAAAGACUGGUUGUGACAGCAGAACUUUACCAGGUUAUGGCAGAGGCACGGAUCUGGCUCCUGGUCAGAAUAUCUGGACCUAGUCUAGGGCAUCAACAGGAAACAACACCUUCGUCUUCUGGUAUCUUUUAUAUCUUCCUGGGAAGACGCUUGAUAUCGAGUAUCCGGCUUUCGGCAACGACGGCGGUAGCAUGUCAUUUGUCUACGAUGCUCUGCGCCGGUAACUCACCAAAGCGGAGCAGCAUGCGGGCAACCGGCGACGUUCCCAUGCGGCCCGGUGCAAGAAGCCGUGGUUGUGCACGGUUAUACGCCAGCGCCGUCGUUGAGUGUACGAGGCAUUGUGUGCGGUCGAAUCAGACCGGCAGCAUCACCAAGACAUGGCCGGUACGGGGAACCCGAAAUCAGGAGAGGGUACCUGCCGGGGGCGUAGACCAAUAUUCCUCGGAGAUUGUUGUGCUGCCGCCGAUCAUGGCUCUGAUAGCGCGAGAACUGAUCGUAAUAUGUCAUACAGACUGUGAAGGACUUUGGACAAGAGUGACUGGUGUCCGUUCCGGACGAAGACAGGAGGAUGAUAGUCCUUCAUCACCGCCUUGUUUAAGGCUGCCCAAAGUAGGGCGGCAGAGAUUCUGUGAGCUAUACAGACUGCCCUUGGCACAAACGAACCCCAGAAAAUUGCCAAGGCCGGGAAUGUAGCACCGUUCACCGACUCUUUGGUCUGUGUCUGCUGCCACGACUGGUGGUUGUGCCAUUUGCCCGUGGACACGACUGAUUGCC